AAAAAGAGAGAGAGAGAUACGGUUUAGGUUGCUACACGUGUCUUUGGAAGCCGAUUCCCUCUGAGGAGCAGGAAGGAGAGCACCGCCAGGAGGAGGAAUGGGAGGUGGGAGCGGCUGAGGAGAUGGGCUGCCAUCAGUGCGGGUGCUUCUGCUUCCGCAUGCUCGUGUCAGGGAUACGUUGCUCAGUGACACACAAAAAUUGCUGCAAAUAAGAAGUCCAAACCCUAAAGUUUUCUUUAAAAGCAAAAUGUCCCCUUUGGAUCAAGUUAGUGACUUCUUACUGGCAGGUUUGAAGGGGUAGGAGAUGAGCUAUGCCCCGUGCUUUUGCUUAAAAGCAUAUAAAUAGUGGGUGCAAAACCAAUGAAACUUUUAUAAGAAGCAUGAGGCAAAAUCGUUAAUCAAAUGUAAGGCCCAGUAGUGUGCUCACCUUUUUUUUGUUGGCGGACAAUAGGGCUGCAUGCAGAUUACAGCAAUGCGAGCCCCUUUUCUAAGUAAUAGACUUGGAGCAUUUAACAGCAAAGCAGAGAUGUGCAACAGCUAGUUCAUUGCUACUCACGUGUGGUCCUGCAAUCUGCUGGCUGUAGGAUUUUAGUAGAGAGUAAGUAUUAAAGCACUCUGUUGGCCUGAACGCAGUGGUUUGACACAUGUAACAUGUAUGAACUCUGCCCCGUUUGUAUCUGGUAGUGCUUUGCUUCACAUAGUGGUGUAAAGUGUAUAAAAAAAAAAACAUAUAGGAACAUCAGGAAAAAAACUAGAUGUAUUUCUGGAGGCAUACAUUGCAAAUAUAGUUAAUAUUACUUAAUAUAGUUAAGUGCUAUAAAAAUAUAGGUAAAAUCACUUUAUUUUUUAUGUUUUCCCAUCAUAUCUGUUAUAUUGCUGGUUUGGUAGUGUGAUUUUGUAGGAUAGAAUGUAUUUACUGAGGGAACGAAUAGUAGAUACUGGUUUUAAUUUUUUCUUAAUUAUUUUUCCCAGGCAUGCUCACAGCUUUGUCAGUCAGUAUCACAGAGAAACAGCAGAUGGAUUCGACAUACGAUCUGUGGUUUUUAAGAAAUCAGAUGUGCAGCUAUUCUGUUCUACCUGCCACAUCCCCAAGGCAACAUGGCGUUCGCAGGCAAAUACGAAUUUGAAAGUGAUGAGAACUACGAUGACUUUGUGAAGAAGAUUGGUCUCCCUGCUGACAAGAUCGAAAUGGGAAGGAAUUGCAAAAUAGUCACCGAGGUGGUGCAGAAUGGAAAUGAUUUCACCUGGACUCAGCAUUUCCCGGGAGGACGCACCACAACUAAUUCAUUCACUAUAGACAAGGAAGCAGACAUGGAGACAAUGGGUGGUAGAAAGUUCAAGGCAACUGUUAAAAUGGAAGGUGGGAAAAUAGUAGCUGAUUUUCCCAACUAUCGUCACACUGCAGAGAUUACUGGAGGAAAGCUUGUAGAGAUUUCCACUUCUUCUGGAGUAGUCUACAAGAGAACCAGCAAAAAGAUUGCUUAAAAAAAAAAAAAAAAAUCAGUCUUCUGGUACACUCAAAAAUAAGCAGCAAUACAAAUAAAAAUAAUUCUGAUCUA